CUCCAUCACGAACACGCACAUCCCGCUCCACCAUCUCCCACAACUUCACCCAUCCACCGCACUCACUGCCAUCUUCUAGCGCCAUCCUGAUCGCUCCCGCUCCUUGGCGCCCUUCCGCUAUCACCCGCCACCAUGUCGACGCUCGAGGAUCUCGAUGAUUUGGAGCGCGAUGGCAAGAAGGAGGAGAACAACGAUGGCGACAAGGACAAGAAGAACGAUCAGAACAAGGACGCCGACAUGAAAGACGCAAGUGGCGAGCAAAAGGAGGAAGAGGAGGAAGAGAUCGAUGCCGAAAUCCUCAACUCAAGCACACGCGACAUCAAGGCCCGACGGAGGUUACUGGAGAACGACACGCGCAUCAUGAAAUCGGAAUUCCAGCGUCUUUCACACGAGAAGCAGAGCAUGCUGGACAAGAUCAAAGACAACGUCGACAAGAUUGACAACAACCGGCAACUACCUUAUCUCGUGGGCAACGUAGUUGAGAUUCUGGAUCUGGACGUGGAAGCGGAAGCGAAGGAAGAAGGCGCCAACAUCGAUCUUGAUGCUACUCGUGUCGGCAAAUCGGCAGUCAUUAAGACAUCCACACGACAGACCAUCUUCCUUCCGCUGAUAGGAUUGGUCGACCACGAGAAGCUGAAGCCGGGUGAUCUUAUUGGUGUUAACAAGGACUCAUAUCUGAUUCUCGAUACGCUUCCCGCUGAGUACGACAGUAGAGUCAAGGCCAUGGAGGUCGAUGAGAAGCCGACGGAGAAGUACACGGAUGUCGGUGGUCUUGAUAAGCAGAUCGAAGAGUUGGUCGAGGCUGUGGUGUGGCCGAUGAAGGAGGCGGAGCGCUUCAAGAAGAUCGGCAUCAAAGCACCGAAGGGCGCGUUAAUGUACGGUCCUCCCGGAACUGGCAAGACACUUCUUGCUCGUGCUUGCGCCGCUCAAACCGAAGCCACCUUCCUCAAACUCGCCGGCCCGCAACUGGUGCAAAUGUUCAUCGGAGAUGGCGCGAAGCUCGUACGCGAUUGCUUCGCUCUUGCGAAAGAGAAGGCACCCUCAAUCAUCUUCAUCGAUGAGUUGGAUGCCGUGGGAACGAAGCGUUUCGACAGCGAGAAGAGUGGUGACAGAGAAGUGCAGAGAACUAUGUUGGAGCUGCUGAACCAGCUGGAUGGUUUCGCAUCAGACGAUCGCAUCAAGGUGUUGGCUGCGACCAACAGAGUUGAUGUGCUGGAUCCUGCGCUGCUGAGAUCCGGUCGUCUGGACAGAAAGAUCGAGUUUCCCCUGCCGAACGAGGAGGCACGAGCACAAAUUCUGCGCAUCCACAGCCGAAAGAUGACAGUAGACGAGGGUGUGAACUGGCCUGAGCUGUCACGAAGCACGGAUGAGUUUGGAGGUGCUAUGCUGAAGGCUGUUUGUGUGGAGGCUGGCAUGAUUGCACUGCGCAGUGGGCACAGCAAGAUCUCACACGAGCACUACGUGGAUGCGAUCGCGGAAGUGCAGGCGAAGAAGAAGGACACUGUCAACUUCUAUGCUUAAGCGUGGCAUUACAUGGCGUGGCGCCCAGGAGCGCAUCGGUAGAUCAUGUAUACUACUUGACACGAAUCACAACCAAAUUCAUGUACGAUCGAAGUCUACGUUCUGCAUCUAUAACUUCAUCUGUCUUCGCGCCUCGCCGAUCGUUGAACCGAAGCAAACAUGGGAUUCGUUAAGCAGCACGUGUGCGCGCUUACGUUGUCGC